AUGUAUUGUCCUGUGUACGGCUGCAAUAGUAAUAGUCAACUGAAGACAAAUGAAAAUGUUAAUUUCUUUCGUUUUCCAAGCGGCAAAACGCCUGAGCAGAAGAGCCGUAGAGCGGCCUGGGUAGAAUUUUGUAAACGAAAAGCAUUCAAACCCUCACCUUAUACAAGAAUUUGCUCGCUUCAUUUUGCCGAGGAGGCAUAUGAACCCUCGCAUUCUCCUCAAUUCCUCGCAAGCAUUGGAUACACAGAGAUAACGAGCUUGCGUUUAAAGCCCAAUGCUUUACCAACGCUUGACAAGCCCACGAUCAGCGUUAGCGUUUCUAACGUGUCUGCAUCGUCGCAAUCGAAGAGAACAAGGAGACAAACCGAGAGGAGACAACGUCAAAAGGUACCAGUACUUGAAAGAUACAUUUCACAAUAUAGCUUUAAUAAAUUCUGCUUCUUCCAUAUCCUUAUAUUUCUUCAUUGUUUCACAAUUUGGAAUCUUGAAGAAUGGUUAAAGUCACGCUGAUCAACGGAGGAUGAAAAUUUGUCGAAUGCGAGCAAUCUAAGCGAUAAAGAAGCAGACCUUCGCAUAGACUCAGACGCAGUUUGUGAGGAAGAAAUAAUAGGCAGUUCAGAUAUCUCUUUUACUAAAGCGAAGACAUUUACGCUCCACGAUUAAGAUCAAAACACACUCAGACCUCGCUGAAACACACAAAUAAAUUACGCACAGUCAAAACACAGACAUACAUAACAACAGAAUCGCCGUGCUUUAAACAGUUAUUUGAUACUGCAAACCUGUGUGCAAACUUAAGGCAGACCUAACUAAAUCGCAAGAACUGAAUACGACUGUAAGUGUAAAUGCAGCUUUAACAUCUUUAGAAGCCGAACUUACGUUAAACAUCGAAGAACUACCUUCUGCAUCAUAUAUGACAUCAUUAGAAACUUUUGACCAAAGUAAAAUUAAUACCAUAACUAACCCACAGCUUACUAAACCAACAUUGACUGACGAGGAGGAAGUAGAGUCUGAGCAAGACGAAGAUGGUGGCAACCUCACCGAUGACGAUGAUUACAUUUCUGAAGCUGUGUCAACUGAAAGUGAUUCAAUGACUGAAGAGGAAUCUGGAGCUGUAGAAUAUGUGUUAUCUCAGGGGAAACCCCCACAAAAGCAAAUGAAAUUUUUGGUAUUUGAGGAAUCCAUAAUGCAAGCGUUUGGUACAUGCAUACAGUGUGGCUCGAGAUGCACAGUUACCUUGAAGCAUACUACUGGAUCGCUGUGUUCUAUUUCUGUAUCAUGCACAAAUUUCAUGGCCCACAGUUUUGUAUGGUCAACUGGACCAAUCUGUAACAAUUUGCCUGUGUUCAACCUGUUACUUGCAUCUGGUAUACUGUCCACAGGACUGGAAUCAACGAAAGUUCUACGACUCUUUAGUGCCCUAAAUAUACCAAACAUAAAGUACCGUGAAUUGUCAAAUCUCAUGAAGUACUAUGUGAUUCCAGCAGUCUAUCGCGUCUGUGGACGGGAGCAAUCAUCAAGACUUGAGGAUAUUAGAGGCAAAUCUAUUACAGUUGCUUCAGAUAUGCGUGUUGAUAGCCCAGGUCAUAGUGGUCUUUUUGGUUCUGGCAGUACAUUGGAUUUAAGCAGAAACUUAGUACUUGAUACACAAAUUAUUAAGGUAAACAAAUAUCUAUAUAGUUAUAUAUAUUGACACAAAGCCAUCAGGGUCUUUGGUGGCACCACAUAAAACAAACUGACAAACUAAUAAUUCUUCGAUUUGUCUGAGUUAAUACUUUUAUUGAUAUUUUUUUAUGCUUCAGUCUACUGAAGUAAAAAUUCCUAAUGCCAUGGAGUUAGAGUCAUUGAAGAGGCAAAUUGCAUACCUGGAAAAAAACAAGGUGAAGAUCGACAAACUGGUAACGGAUCGGCAUGUGCAAGUGGCAUCAUACAUGGCAAACGAAAAACCACACGUUGAGCAUUCUUAUGAUGUCUGGCAUGUAGCAAAAGGUAACAUUUUGAUACUUGUUUACAACAUGCAGUUCAUUAGACUCUACCAACUAGUAAUUCAACAGACAAAAGUUUUUAAUUUAUGUUUCUGAAAACAAGGUUUAUAAAUAUAUUUACAGGAGAAAAAAAGAAACUGAUAAAAGUUGCAAAAAAGAAAAAAUUCAAGUCAAUUAAACCUUGGAUUGGUGUAUGCACUGCAAAAAAUCAAAUUCUAGUCUAGAAUAAUAUUCUUAUUUUUUAGAUUAUUUUUCUUAUUUUAAGUAAAUAUUUCUUAUCAAGAAAUAUUUCAAGAAAAAAAAUCUAGUUUUAAGAACAAAAAUCUUAAAAUAAGAAAAUAUAACUGGGCAAGAAUAUUCGAGAGAAUUUUUUUCUUAUUUUAAGAAUAACAUUUUUCCAUCCUAGAAUAAUAUUCUUAUAAUUAGAAAAACAAUCUUGAAAUAAAGUUUAAUAUUAUUUAUUGCAUAUAUCAAAACCUUUCUUUUGGCAACUUUUGCAUGGCUAAAACGAGAUAUGAUAUUGAAUUGAAUAAACCUAAUUGUAAUAUUGUAUAUCUUUCACUUUUUUGUCAAAUUUGAAGCUGAACGGCUCUGUCCUGAAUUGUCGCAGUUUCAACAUGGCAGAUAUCACAAUGAAUUUGAAUAUGCCCAAUGAAUUGCUGCUAUUGAAAAAUAACAAUUAUAUAUGAAUUCAAAUCAUUUGCAACAAUCGUCUAUCUACGCUUUAAUGAAGAUGGUAUGAUCCACCGCAAAAAAUGAAGUGUAAAUUUACCCAAGAUUUUGCGUAAAUAUCACCGACAUGUUAUGACAUCACGGUUAAUGCUGUCAAAUGUUAUGACAUGCGAUACGUUAAACGAUAAAAAUUUUAUAUUAUUGCAAUUGGCAUAUAAUUUUUUUAGAAAAUCUGUCUCAUUAUUCGCUUAUAAGAAUUUUCAUCAUUUUUUUAUAAUCAUUUUUUUGGCCAGAUUAUAAAUGCUUCCUAUAGUUUCAAGCUAGCGAUAGAUUGGGAGCGCUUUUUGGUGUAUGUAUUUUAGAAGACAAGGACCACGCGCGCAAUGAGUUGUGGGAUAUCGUAUAUCAAGUAUCAAGUGUGAUUUACAAAUUUUCGACUUUUUCGUUUGAGCAUAUUUCGCUCAAGAAUAUCGUGUUUUUUUAUCAUAUUUGGUUCUGGAUAAGUGACUCCGAAUCCUGCCGAAGGCUUAUUGAUCCCAGGUAUGAAAUAUUACUGUUUAUAUCGUAUAAUUAUAACGUACAUCGACCGUAUUUACUCAUUUUAUCUUGUGGCUGUUAUAGCCUGUUGUGGCUGUCUGCUAUUGCUAAAUUUGAAUUUGCGCGCGAGAGGUUUUAUAUAUUGAAUUAUUUCAUUUCAAUUCCGUCAAAUAUUAGUUAAAAUCAACAAUUCAAAUUUUGAAUAAACAUAGUAAAUACUGGGUUACACUUGCCACUUGGUUGACAAAACUGGAGAAAGCAUGUUUGAACCCACAUAGUAUAUUAUAAAACAAUAUGUGAAUAUGAAUAAUAUUUACUUGCUGAUUGCUUCAAGCCUAUUAUUAGCCAAAACAUGAAAAUUAUUUGAGAGUAUUAAACUUACAAUUACAAUGUUAUCUAUCUGAAUCAUAAAAUUGUUAACUCAAUAUAUAGAAUUGAUUAUAAUAUUAGCUUAUCAGUUCAGUGCAUAUUUCUUGGUUUAAGCUAACCUGAGUAUCAGGCCGUACUUUUUAGGGCACAGGCACGCCUGAUCGUGGGCAAAGGGGAGAAAAGUACGGCCUGACACAAAAGUGGCAUUUUGCCUGGUUGUUCAGUCCAGAAUCUGGACUGAGCGCUGAUUGGCCGAUUAGACAAACGAUUUUUAAAUCUGUCAUUUGAUUGGCUGGUGCUAAUUAGAUUAUACUAUUGUUGUUGAUAUAUUUUAUAAUUAUAGCCGGCCCACUAAACGGCUGAAUUUAAAUUAAAACUGCAGUAAAAUUAGAAAAUAAUCGCAAAUUAGCGAAAUAUAUUGCAAAUGUAGCUUAUAUUAAAUCGCCAUCAGAUUGCACUAUCGACUGACGUAUAGUUAUAAAGUAUACUUAAUAUAUAUAUAUAUACUUUAUAAUUAUACGUCACUGUUUGUUGAUAAAUACGGCAAGCGCCAUGUAAAGCUCAUUGUAGUCACUGAAGGAGGAGAGAGCAAUCGGGUGGCGAUUAAAUAUAAGCUACAUUUGCAAUAUAUUUCGCUAAUUUGUGAUUAUUUUUGUUAAUUUUAUAAGUUCAUUGCAGUUUUAAUUUAAAUUCAGCCGUUUAGUGAGCGCCUAUGCUAUAAUUAGAUUGUUGUUGUCGUUGUGUGAAAUUUAAAUUUCUCCUGCGACAUUUUGAUUGGAUACUAAAUAUAAACUUUGCUGUGGGCGGAAAGCGAUCAGGUUAAGUUUUGUGUCAGGCUCUAUUUGUAAAAUAGAGCCUGAUACUCAGGUUAGGUUUAAGCAUGUAAAUGGAUUGACUUUAAAUUAAUAUUUAACCCAUUGGCAUUGAGCUGGAAUGUGCCCCAGUGCGCCCUACUUUUUUUCACAGGUCUGUCUAACGCCAGUGCCUUCACUCAUGUCUAACCCUGCAUAUAUGUGUGAUAUAUUGUGCCUGUUUAUGUGAUAAUGGCAUGGCUGGACAGGAGGUUUUAAUCCAGGAUGGUGUGUUUAAUAUAUAGACGGAAUACACCCCACCUCUCCGCCUGGCAGGGAUGAUAGAGUGCUUGUAUAAGAAUUUCUCGUCCUGGCAGAUGCAAUCCCGGCAACAAAUAAUGGGAUCCUGCCUAGGCCAGAAAGAAGUAGAAUAAUUCACUUUACCGUAAACAGUCAAUAGAGUUCAUAUUGCAAGCUAGAUGAGAUGGGGUGUUAACGGGAUAUUACACUAGGCCGUACAUUGCAUAAGCUGCAUUGUGCCACAACUUUAUUGUUUUAUUCCGUAUAAUGUCAGAUGAUUUUACCUAUCAGUGCCAUCACUCAACGGGUUACUGAAACAAGUAGCACUUAUCUCACAUACAACUGAGGUUAAAUCAUAACCAUAUGAAUGUUUUCUGGAAUAUGAGGCAAUAGCAUAUUAAAUCACAAAUACCAACACCAUCGCUGUUACAUUUUAUACCAAUCUAAUGGAUUUUGCUGCAAAAAUUCUUUCUCAUGUUAUAAACUCUAUCCUACAUAAUAGAAUGAAUACAAAUAAAUUACUCAUUUCCUUUCAUGGGAAAAUUUGAGUCAUUAUGGUCAAUUUGAGUCCGAGAAAUCAUGGUCCCACAGUCAAAAUGUCAAAUUUUAACCCAUGAAGUUGCAUCGCACCCUUUAUUGUAUUCCUGUCUAAUGCCAGACAAUUUUAUUUGUGAGUGGGAGAGUGAUGGUGGUUAAUUGGUUAAGGAUGCCAAGUUAUAUCAUUAUGCUUUCAGUAAGUAAUACAGUUGUAAUUUAACACUUGCCCGGGGCAAGUGAAUAUCAUUGUCACAAAAAGCUGGGCAUCUUCAAGUUUAUGUUUUCAUUGCCAGAUAAAUUUUUUAUGCAGUGCAUGUUGUACUUGUGCAUGGAUUUAAAUUUUGUUUUUCUGUGGGCCACAGCUAGUCUGAAACAGUAUAACAUAGCCAUCUAGAGCAGUGGAAGAAUGUGUCGACAUGUUGUCCCCUUAAUUUAUAGCCCCUACCUGGGUACCCCAGUGGCCAUUGUCUCAUGGCAAGUGAAUUUUAUUCACGGCAACUAAUUUUCAUAUCCAACUUGGCAAGUUGAACUUGCCCUGAUGACAAAUGGUCAAAAAAGUAUUUAAGUUAUACCACUGACUACUGAGUAAGGUAUAUAUGAGCUACAGUAUCAUGGUUAUAAAAACUCUGGAAUAAGGUAUGCAGUUAUUUUCAAAAAAUUUACAUUAUCACUCAUCAAUAUGUCUGCAGGUUGUUGAAGAAGGAGCCUCAAUCAAUCCAAAGAGGAGCCUCAAUCAAUCCAAAGAAGCAGAAGAAAGUGCAUACAUGAGGAAUUGUGAAAAGCAGCAGCUGAUUGACCAAUUGGACCCACUUAUUUACUAUCAUGGCAUUUCAAAAGGAGUUAUGAAGCCACCACAUGAACAGUGA